AUGCUAGUAUUACCCAAAUAUCCGAUGACAUCGGUUUUUCUGAUUUAUUGGUAUGACUUUUGGAAUUAUGAAAUUUCUUUGGUUGAACCAAACAAAGCUGCAUUCUUUAAAAAUGGCGAAGUUUUUCUAGUGAAAUGAAACCAUAGGUAUUUCAUAACAUCAAAUUGAUUGGGUAUUGCUGCUUCUUCGCUAAUCUCUACAUUUUGUUUUCUGCGAGAAGAAGAAGUUCACUUUUUAUUCAAUCUUCAUUAGGUGCUAUAAUCAGAAUCUAUCCACCCUUGGAAAGUCAUCCAAUAUUCAAAACUUUAAUUUUAUCUGGAGUUAUUCAGAAGAAAAUAAUGCUUUACAGUUGGUUGGCGAAUUUUAUGAGCAGUCCGGGGAAGAUAGAUCCGCACAGCGAGGAAGACUACUGGGAGGAAAUCAAAUGUUCUCGUGUGCAGAUUCCUGUUGUCCCCAACCAAUUAUCGUACAUAUUACUUUUUUGUUUUGUUAUUCUGGUAGUUUGAAAAGUCGAUAGCUGUUUUCAGAGAGUUGAAUGCACCGCCAGAUGUCCCUCAUCUGAAAGUCGUUUGUAUUUCCGACACUCAUGAGCAGCUUCAGAACGUCACGGUACAUCUCAUUCAAUGGAAUUGGCUUCAAAACGAUUUGCUGAGAAAAUGCGCACCAGCAAAGAAUUAGCGAAUAUUUGAAUAGGUUAAAAAUGAGUAUGGUUUAAACGAUUUUUCUUAAGGUUCGUGUAUUCUCCUCACAUAUGAUCAGUCAAUUUAGCUUUUGUGUAUGAUAAUUUAAAAAUUUUCAUAUGGUUUCAAACAAAUUUCCUUGAGAAUGAAUAUUAUUAUUAACGAUUUUCUUUGAGCUUGGAUAUGGUUUCGAACAAGAUUUACUUGAGAAUAUUCCGGAUGGGGACGUCCUUAUUCACGCUGGCGACUUCACUAACAACGGCGACCGGGAGCAGCUGCUGAUUUUCAACAGUUUGAUGGGCGCCUUUCCCCACAGACACAAGCUCGUCGUCGCUGGCAAUCAUGAACUCGGCUUCGACGCCAAUGAGCGCAAAGAAGAGAGGUUCCUUCUCAAAUUUGCAAAAUUCAGACUUAUAUUUCUUUUUUUUCGGCUUGAAACUGUGGUUUGCAAUUCAUGUGCAAAAUUUUUCGCUUUUUUGUUUUGAUGAAGUAUUCAAUUAUCUGCAUCAAAAAGUUUCCUGAGGAGUGCCUGAAAAAAAUGAAAGUAAUUUCUAUAAAAUAGUUCACUAAUGCGAUAAUGUUGAGUUGCCGCCAAAAAUAAUCGCAACCGCUUCGCGCAUGAACUGCAAACGCCGCACCCCGCUUUUUCAAGCCGAGAAAAAGGGAUUAUACGCGCAAUCACGUAGUAGCGGAAUUAGAAGUGUUUUAAAAACUAAAAGCCUAGUUUUCCAUGAUUUUCCCUUUUUCAGGUUAGAAAAGGACGUCGGGAAGGGCACGGAGAAUGGCUUCGAACUUCUCACUAACGUCACUUAUCUCCAGGACCGAGAAGUCGAGGUUUGUGUGCAUACCCGAGAUCGUCGACGUCUCCUUCUCUUGAAGAUCGACGGGGUCAAGUUCUUCGGCUCCUCGUAUCACCCACUGCGCGGAUUUCCGUUCUACCGUACUCGUGCCGAAGAACUCGGCGAGUGUUGGAAGAAAAUUCCCACCGAAACCGACGUUCUCAUCACUCACACGCCUCCUUUGGGUUGGUUUUCAGAUUCAAUCUUAAAAAAGAUCUUUUAAUAUUACUUUUUUUAUAUUUCAGAAAAUCAUUAAAGUUCACAAUUCCUGAAAAUUAAGCUUCAAUAUUUGAGCCCAAAAAAGAGCUUUACGUUUGAAUUUAGGUUAGUAGAUGUACAAAGCUUGAUAUUUUUCUAACGGAGUUCAUGGAAAGUUACAGUGUGGACUCUUUUUUUCCGUGUCCGUUGAACUUUUCCAUUUUUAUAUCCCAUUCUCCAAUUCCUUCACACGGAAAAACUCCGCCUUCCAGGAUACCUCGACCAAUUCGGAAAUGAGCGCUGGGGCUGUCGCGAUCUACUGAGGGAAGUCGAAGAACGUGUUAAGCCAUGGUGGGGAAACUUGUAAAUUAUCUAAUCAGAAUUGAUUUUUCCCUCAGUUUUCACGUUUUUGGUCACGUCCAUGAACGGUACGGCGCCAUGAGCAAUGGGAAGACUGUUCGUUUUUUUCUUUCCUUUCUAAAUUUAAUACACUAAUCUGUAGAUGUUCAUCAACGCGGCCCAAUGUCUUCGGAACAAUGUCAUCCAAACGCGACCGCUCGUUUUCUACAUUCCCAAAAAAAUUUGA